AUGAAUUUGAGUCUUGCUUCAAUAUUGUAUCGAGAAGGAUUUGAUUCUUUAGUCCAACGUGGAAAUCAUACAAAACCAGAAAACAUUCCGACCCAAAGAUAUCGGCUUAAACUUAAAUAUUCUGAUAAUCGGCCAGUGUUAGAACAGAUGAAAUGUGUUAAUAAAGGUUCUCAAACUAGCUUGUAUGAAUGUCAGUGA